AACAAGCUGGCGGUGGCGGGAGCGGACGAGCUAUAUAGCUCACUAUGGUUGCGGCGAUUACCAGUAACGCAGAAACUUUUAACAAAGGGUUGAAAUUUAAUUUAUGUUUGACUAUUGAAUUGUACGGCGAUUUCCGCAACUCGUAAAUUCGAGUUUCGUUGUGAGCAGAUACAGGUAGUCGCCGCUACCACAGCGUAUGAUAUCUAGCAAUCCUUAGCAUUAUGAGGCGAAGUCUGGCUCCAAGCCAGCUGGGCAAACGGCCCUUGCUGACAGAGGGCGAAGGCAGGGGCAAAAGGAGCAGAAAACCUUUGAAACCCAUACAGCCCCCGCCAACCCUUCCAACCCCUGAAAAUUUGUCUGAUCACGAAGCAAUGAUUAAGGCCAUCCUGAGCCGGCCCUUCAAGGUGCCAAUGGAGAACUACACUCCAGGAUACGGCUCUCGGUGCUUGGGAAUGAGGCGGGGCGGCAUGCGCAGGGCCCUGCACGACCCAGAUGAGCCCAACGCUCUUGUGCUUUACCAUCCGCCUGAGAUAAGCGCAAACGAGAAGCUGAAAAUUGACCAGGACAAAAUACUGGUUCAUGUGGUUGUUGAUCCUGUUCUCACUGCCGUUCUAAGACCCCAUCAGAGAGAAGGAGUCCAGUUUAUGUACAACUGUGUGACUGGAGUGUGCAUUGAAGGUUCUUUUGGCUGCAUCAUGGCUGACGAAAUGGGUCUGGGGAAAACAUUGCAGUGCAUCACUUUGAUGUGGACCCUUCUUCGACAAGGGCCUGACACAAAACCCAUCAUUGAAAAGGCCAUUGUUGUGGCACCAAGCAGCCUUGUCAAGAAUUGGUAUAACGAGAUCAACAAGUGGCUGGGUGGUAGAGUAAAUCCGCUGGCGAUCGACGGAGGCUCAAAGCAGGAGAUUGAUAGGUCACUAGAGGGUUUCAUGAACACAUUUGGACGUCGACCAGCCAACCCGAUCCUCAUCAUCUCGUAUGAGACAUUCCGGCUGCACGCACACGUGCUGCACAAGGGCGAGGUGGGUUUGGUGCUGUGCGACGAGGGGCACCGGCUGAAGAACUGUGAAAAUCAGACAUACCAGUCGCUAAUGGGCCUUAAGGCCAAACGCAGGGUCUUGCUCUCGGGCACACCCAUUCAGAAUGAUCUGCUUGAGUACUUCAGCCUGGUGCAUUUUGUCAACGCUGGCAUCCUUGGCACUGCGCAGGAGUUCAAGAAGAUGUACGAGACGCCUAUCCUGAAGGGCCAGGACGCAGCUGCCUCGGAUAAGGACAAGGAAAGGGGCAAAGAGUGCCUGGCUAAGCUGAUUGGCGUCGUGAACAGAUGUCUAAUCAGAAGAACAGCUGCAUUGCUUUCAAAAUACCUACCCAAAAAAGUUGAGCAUGUUGUCUGCUGCAAAAUGGCACCGCUUCAAGAGCAGCUGUAUGAGCAGUUUGUUAAGUCGGAGGCAGUGAAAAGAACGGUCUUGGCGGCCGAAGAAGGAGAUACAGGAAGCAAGAAAAAAGGCUCAUCCCUCUCGGCCCUGUCAUCGAUCACAAGCCUAAAAAAACUUUGCAACCACCCUGACUUGAUCAUGGAGAAAAUUAUGGAGCGAUCUGAAGGCUUUGAAAAAGCGCAUCUCCUGUUCCCUGAUAAAUAUGAUCCAAAGAAAGUGCUUCCAGAGUUGUCAGGAAAAGUGUCGGUUCUGGACACACUGCUUGCCAUCAUUCGCUCCACUUCACAGGACAAAGUGGUUUUGGUCUCCAACUACACGCAAACACUUGACUUCUUUGAAAAGCUGUGCAGGGCUCGCCAAUACCCGUAUGUCAGGUUGGACGGCACCAUGAGUAUCAAGAAAAGAGCCAAGGUCGUUCAACGCUUCAAUGAGCCUGCCAGCCCUGAUUUCAUUUUCAUGCUGAGCAGUAAAGCCGGAGGGUGUGGUCUGAACCUGAUUGGGGCAAACCGCCUGGUCAUGUUCGACCCUGACUGGAAUCCGGCCAACGAUGACCAGGCCAUGGCGCGAGUUUGGCGUGAUGGCCAGAAGAAGCAGUGUUACAUUUACAGAUUGCUCUGUACCGGAACUAUUGAGGAGAAAAUUUUCCAGCGACAGGCGCACAAAAAAGCCCUGAGCUCCAAGGUGGUGGACCAAGAAGAAGAUGUGUGUGCCCACUUCACGCUCUCAGAGCUCAGGGAUCUUUUCAAGCUAGAGAAAAAUACUCUCAGCGACACGCAUGACAAAUUCAAAUGCCGGCGGUGCGUGAACAACAUUCAGACAAAGGGUCCCCCUGAAGAUUCAGACUGCACCUCUGAUAUCUCCCUGUGGAACCACUGCGCAGACAAGAAGGGGCUUGUCGACGUUGCUUUGAAGCAGUGCUGGAGCUCUGGAAUCUCGUUUGUGUUCCACCACAGGUCACAUGAGCCAAAAGUAGUGCCUUGAAGUGCCGCUCUCCCGCCAAAAUUCGAAUCAUAUGAGGGUUUCCAGCAUUCUGUGAUUUAUAUUUUAAUUUGUAAAUUUCUUCACGCAGAUAGAUUUUUACGUUUAGUCUCAAAGAGACGCAAUAUUUUUCCGCAAUAAACUCC